AUGAGCGGCAUCGACUGGACAAUGUUCGAGGACAACCAAGAAGGCAGUUUUGGCUGGCUACUGCGGAACAACGCGACGGCAGCUACCACGACGAGCGUUGGACUGGCUAGCGGGACCAGUGAAGACCUACAUCUUCUGCCGCUGGACGACGUUGAGACGGACCAUAUGAUGACACCGGCGCUGGUGUUUCAGCAACUGAUCAAAUCAAAUGAGUCUGGAUGCAGUGAUGCUACGUCAUCAGUUGAGGAAUCAGAUGUUACCCAGAUGCUCAGCGCGGCGCCGUCGAGGGUUCCAAAUCCGGCGGUAAACCGAGUCAUGCGCCCUACUGCGGUUAAACCAUCCGCUGCUGUAUUCUCGAUGAUACCACAUGUGUCAAUGGGUCAAAGUGCUCGUCUGGUUGUGGGUGGCAGCUAUGAAGAGAUGAAAAGCGGACAUGAUGAAAAUAUGCCGAAAAAGGUACAGAAAAAACAAGGCGCGAGAAUGAAACCUGGUGACAAUGCAGCAAAAUCAACUGUUGGCAAAGUGCAACAAAGCAUGACAACAGCGAUGGGAGAAAAGGUCGAUGCUGGCAGAAGAAGCACGAGAGGAAAGGUCGCUUUGCGUAUUGCCCGAAGCAAGCGACCACAGAAGCGGCAAAAAAGCGACACAAUUUUGCCGGCUGUCGUCGUCGAUUCUGGCACAGACGACGACUUCGAGAAGAAACAGCUUCGUCGGGUUAAAAACCUUGUGUCGGUAAGAGAAUUUCGCAAACGCAAGAUGAAGCAGCAAGAGCAAAAUGAGGCGCGCUUGCGUCGAUUGGAGGCAGAAAAUAUCGAUUUGAAAAUGCGCCUUAAGAUUGGCAAGGAGGCAAUCAUAAGUGAGCAGCGCGAGAAGAAGCAGAUCAAAGAUCAGAUGCGGGAGAUGCUACAACGAGACGCGAAUGAACAAGAGAUCGCUCAGUUUUUGAACAUGUACAAGGUGACGUACUCGGACUAUGGACCAAGACGACGUGAAAAGCUGCACUAUCAUUUGUCGCGCAUUCGGGAGUUGAUCCUUCCCACGCAAGUGACAAAGCUGUGUUUGUAUUCUGUGGAACAAGGUGUGGAUAUGCUGAAGCGGGAUCACGUAAUAAAGGAGGAUCCAAUGUCUGCGCCUGAAUCAGCUUCGGCUACCAUGAGUCUGUGGGGAAUCUUGGCCGACGAAUUGGAUGUGUCGGAAGAUCAGCAACGGCAGAUCUUGAAACGUCGAGCUGCAAUAAAGAAAGUGCGUGACGAUCUGAGCCACACGUUAAGCAUUGUUGAGAAACUGAAAGAUGUGACCGAUGAAAAGAACGCGGCGCUGGAAACUCAAGUGGCGCAGCUGCAACAGAUACUAACACCCUCUCAAGCAACCAGAUUUAUCAUCUGGGUCAAGGAGAACCCAGCGUUUAUGUACAUGUUGGACAAGCUCGUAGAUACUACCCUGCAGAACAACUCGAAUAGCACUGGGAAGUGA